GAUAAACCAGUGUAUGUUUUCGAUUGGAGCCGAUUGUCUCCGGUCCCUUCCCAACAAUCCCCCGCGAGCCAGCUACUGCCAAGUCCUCCAGUUCUUGUGCCUCAAACGUUGGAGAAUUAGAUCCGUUGUAGUUCAGUCAGCAACUCUGUGGUAGCCAGUAUUCCAAUUGCGCUUGUGCUCCUGCCCGUUUCACCCGGUCACGUACUGGAUUUUUUUCUCAUCGACCGAGGAAGUGAUUGAAUUACUAAAUUCCCCAUCUCAUUCAUCAGCUCAACAUGAGAGACUUUUUGUUUAUUUUGGGAGCGUUAUUGUCACUGGGGCUUGGCCAAUCAGAGGUCCUCGACACGAUAGCUCAGUGGCCACUCUUGGACUUUGCACUGCCUUACGAUCGAGCUUUUUUGAAUGAAUAUCGGCCGGAGAAUGUCGUGCCAACUGGAUUUGCAGUUGGUUGGCACAGAAUUUUUAUUACAAUUCCCCGGUUGUUUCGCGGAGUACCGGCUACAUUGAGUGCCAUUCCCCGGGAUAUACCACUCGGGAGCAGUCCUCAAUUGCAAGCUUAUCCGUCCUGGGAGUGGCACAAUGCCGGCAAAGGAGAGUUCAACUGCUCCGGAUUGAUUUCUGUCUAUAGAGUUAAUGUGGACAAGUGCAACAGGCUUUGGGUGCUCGAUAGUGGAAUUAAUACGUCACUCGACGACUUCCGGGUUGUCUGUCCGCCGAAACUACUUGUUUUUGACUUGCAGACUGAUACCCUGGUGCGGUCUUACGUCUUUCCUCGUCAGUCGUUGAGACCAAAUAGUCUGCUCACAAAUUUGGUGAUUGAUGACACAUCAGCAAAUACCUGCGACGAUGUUUUCGUAUACAUAACUGAUACAGCAGGACCUGGUCUCGUGGUAUUCGAUGGAGCGACCGACAGGAGCUGGAGAGUCCUCCACGCAUCAAUGUAUCCUGAUCCGGAUUAUACAAUUUAUCAGAUCGCUGGGGACUCAUUUGAGCUGUUCGAUGGUAUCGUGGGUCUGGCAUUCUCCCCUCGCCUGAGUCAAGUGUACUAUCAACCACUUGCGACAGACCGCAUGUUCUCCAUUCCAACGUCAGCACUUCAAUCUGGCCCUCCUCCCUUUGGUGAACAAUUGCCCGUCACUCUCGUCGGUAGAAAGUCCAGUCAGGGACUGGGAAUGACUGUUGACCCUCGCGAUGACACUAUACUAUUUGCCCCGCUGACCGAAACUGCUGUUGCCAGUUGGAAUCCGCAUACAAAUAACCAACGGAUUGUUGCAUACCAGCCCGAGCAACUUCAAUUCGUGGCCGAAUUAAGGUGGGUCGAUCGAGACAACGGAAACAUUUGGCUGCUCUCCUCACGCUUCCAGAAAUUCUUCACACGACGAGUGAACAACCGAGAAAUAAACUUGAGAAUCCUACGAAUUCGUCCCGGCUCCACUGGAGCCCAUUCACCAAUUCCCCACCGCUUUGAUGCCCAUGCCCUUAACAUAUACAACAACACUCUUCUCCAAUCAGUCACUAAACACAUCGCAAUCUGUCGUUCAAGUGUCACCGGAAGUAUGCACAAGUAUCUCUGGUUUUUGUCAUUCCUCUGUUCUGCACCGGUGAUCAAUGCCGGAAAGUUGCAAGUAUUGUACGAGUGGUCAUGGAUCGAUUAUCUGUGGGAGAGCGAGGCACACAAAGCAGCGGCCAUUCUGUCAGGACAGUACAAUUACACAAAACCAGUGAUCAUUGAUGUUGAUGUUUGGAAAGGAAGGAAGAAAAAAUACCGAAACAAUUUCAAGACUUUUGUCACUGUGGUGAGGAGGCCAGGGGUGCCAGCGAGUUUGACAACUGUGUCUGAUGAAAUGGGAUAUGGGGGGCCACUACUUGCACCUUAUCCCAAUUGGAAUUGGGCAAUCGAGGGCGAUUGUUAUGGGAUUACGAGUGUCUUCCGUGUAGCUAUCGACGAAUGUGACCGCUUGUGGGUGCUGGACACUGGAAAGAUCGAAGAUGAGCACGUGUGUCCAGCCCAGUUGCUCGCGUUUGAUCUCCACACAGAUCGUUUGCUGAAACGAGUGAGGAUCCCACGAAGUCUCGCUAAGAAUGCAAUAACCAAGCAGGGAUUAUUUGUUACUCCGAUUGUAGAAACUGAGGGUCUUAAUUGUAAGAAAACUCAUGUCUACAUGGCAGACACAACGGGAAAUGGUCUAGUCAUUUACAACGGGACAACUCUGUGGCGUCUGGAAUCACCAGCAUUUGCCUCUCAAGAAGCAGCAGCAAAUUUCACAGUAGCUGGUGAACAGUUUUACCUGGACGAUGGAGUACUCGGAAUGGCACUGAGUCCACCCGUGAGUCCACAGGAGAAUUACAGAUAUCUCAUGCUUCGACCACUCGCCUCCUACGACAUGGUAUCAGCUGAGACUUCUAAUCUCCAUGAAUCUCAUUCUGCUCCUGUACGUUACACUCUCGUAUCGAGGGCACUACCCAGCCAAGCUGCUGGCAUGGCAUUCUCAGCCAGUGGAGUACUCUUCUUUGGCCUCAUUCAGCAGCAUGCCAUUGCCUGCUGGAAUAUGCACAAAACCAUUGCUCCAGAAAAUAUUGUAAUCGUUGACCAUGACAUUGACUACUACCAAUUCGUAAGCGGAGUGAAAGUAAUUCCAAAACACAUUACUGAGAGACAUGAGGAGUUAUGGAUAGCCACAAACAGAUAUCAAAAGAUAGCUUUGGAUGUGCAAAACUUUAACGACAUAAACUUCAGAAUUAUGUCUCGUAGAUUGGAUCGUCUUAUCAGAGGCACCAACUGCGAUCCACAAUCUAAUUUUGGGCAUUUUUUCACUGACGCUGAGGACAUCAUUUGGGACUACAGUCGAUAUCUCUGGAGAUUGGGCAAUGCUAAGAAAUAAAAUCGAUUAAAGCAAAACAA